AUGGAGAAACUGACAAUAGAUCGUCCUGAUACACAUGAGCAUACACUCACCUUCAUUCGGAAAAAGAACCGUUUCAACUGUGAUGCUUGCGGAAGGGUCAGUACUACGGAUAGGUACCCUACGGAUGAGAUGAAUAUGUACGGAUGUUUGCCGUGCAAUUUAUUUAUCCACAGAGAUUGUAUUGAUUUACCAAAGGUUAUAAAGCUCACUCGUCACUCGCACCGCUUGUUUCGUACUUUUCAAGUUCCUGGUUGUAACGUGAAAUGUCGACGUUGUGUUCACCCGUUUGAAUGCGGAAGUGGAGGAUACAUUUGUACUGACAAGACGUGUGAUUAUAUACUCCAUUCAUAUUGUGCAACUGAUAAAGAUACGUGGGAUGGCAGAGAUAUGGAGGGAGUACCUGAAGAAACCAGUGACUCUGAUCAAGAUGUUAUGUCGUUGAUGGAGGUAGAUGGCAACACGUUUCGUCAUUUUAGUCACCACCAUGAUUUAAUGAGACUUUGUGUCAAUGGUGAAGAAAAAGAAGAAGGCGAACAAGUGUGUCAAGCAUGCAUCCUUCCCAUUGACUUUGAUAGUUUCUUGGGUUGUAAAGAAUGUGAUUUUGCACUCCAUGACACUUGUGCAAAUCUUCCUCGGAAGCUGGAACAUAUUUUUCACGUCCAUCCACUGAUCUUAGAAGUGAACAUGGCGAACAUUAAAGAAGGAUUCUUCUGUUGUUCUAAUUGUGAACGAGAAUCAUGUGGUUUCAUGUAUCGGUGCUGCCAAGAGGUAUGUGAGUUUAAAAUGGAUGCAAAGUGUGUUUCCCUUACCGAUCCAUUACACAACGCACACAAACACCCUCUCACUUUAUUGGACCGUGGGGCAUGGUGUAAUGAAUGUACUUUCUAUUUGGAUGCAAAACAAGCAACUCUACCGGCGUUGGUAAAAUGCAACUACGACAUUCAUCCACUUACCAGAUGUUUUGCUGAAUCAAUUAAAUUAACGUUGCCGUUUCGUUGUGAAAUCUGUGAAAUAAGAAUAAAACCUGAUUAUCCAGUUUUACAAGAUAUCUAUGGCUGCUUCGAUUGCAACACUGUUGUACACGUUGAGUGUGCAAUAGGGAAAUACCCGUAUCUGAAACCUGGCCAUACGAUCAAGCUGAAUGGUUUUGAGAUUGAGAUUACAUCCAACAGACUUUCUCGGCCUAUAUGCCAUGCAUGCCACUCUAUCUGCCGAGAUAAACUGGUUUUCAAGAAUAAAAGCAGUGCCAUCUCUUUCUGUUCUAUCAACUGCAUUACCUCUUCAUAG